CGCCCCUCCUCCGGCAUGGGAGGGGUCUCCUGCUUUUGCCAGGCGAGCUCUGCGCAUGCUUGGCUUGGAAGGACUGUCCCCAGCCCAGCCUUCCUCCUCCUGUUGCUCCUCCUCCUCCUCCUCCUCCUCCUCCUGGCUCGGGUCCCCGAGUCUCACCGCCCUUCUUCCCCCCUCCUCAGGUCUCGGGAUGCCUCCUUCCUUCCCCCGGAGAGACUGGGGAGAGUGGGGAGGGCGGUAAAGAGUGGGGCGGGAGGAGCGCGGCUCCCGGAGAAGCGCUGUCCAACCCAAGGGCUGUCCCGGACGGCGCUCUCCGUGGUGCUGAACCUCGCCGCCUGCCCUGCCCAGCCUCCUCCUCCUCCUCCUCUUUCUCCUUUCUCCAGCCUCCCUCCUGACCCCAUUGAGCGCAAGGCAAGCAGCUGGGAAUAUAGCUUGGACAUCUCCUCUUCCAUCCACAGACCCACCAUGGCUCCCCUGACCAAAGUGGCUUAUGCUUCUUCCCUGCUGGCUGUGCUCUGGGUCAGCGUCUGCUCCGCAGUUUGUGUCGAAGUGCCGUCGGAGAAGCAGGCAGUGCAAGGUUCACGCAUGAAGCUCAUGUGCAUCUCCUGCAUGAAGCGAGAAGAGGUUUCCGCCAACACGGUGGUCAAAUGGUUCUACAAGGCUGAAGGGGGACAAGAUAUUCCUAUCUAUGAGUACAGAAACGAGAAGCGGGAACUUGACAGCCGUUUCCGUGGCCGGCUCCAGUGGAAUGGCAGCGCCGACAUGCAGGACGUGUCCAUCUCCGUACUCAACGUCAGCCUGAAUGAUUCGGGGAUCUACACCUGCAACAUCACUCGGGAGUUCAACUUUGAGGGCCAUCGUCCACUGUAUACCCGAACGACGUUGAUCCACCUCACAGUACUGGAGGAUGCUGGAGAUGACAUCACAUCUAUCGUCUCUGAAGUAAUGAUGUACAUUCUCUUGAUCUUCCUUACUUUGUGGCUGCUCGUAGAAAUGGUUUACUGCUAUAGGAAAGUCUCCAAAGCAGAGGAAGCUGCCCAGGAAAAUGCGACUGAUUACCUUGCCAUUCCAUCGGAAAAUAAAGAAAAUUGUGCUGUGCCUGUGGAGGAAUAAAAGACGAAACUACAGAGGGGUAGAGCUUGUUAUGAAGGACUGUGCAGACGCAAGACCUAAGUCACUGCAGAUACGUUUGGAGGAGCCUAGCACUGAGAACGAGGAACCAAGGAUGAGACAGUGUAAAUUUGUUUCCAUUUGUCUAGGACAUUGCUUUGAUUUCAUGGCUCCCAUCUUGCGCUCUCAACCCAUCUCCCAAAGACUCUCCUCCUUUGAGGCAUGCCGAAUCAAAAGGAGUCGGGGCUGAAAGAGCUCUUUCAUCAGCAUCUUCUCAACAGCUUUGUAAAUACUAACUACUCUCAUCUCUCAUCAAACCCAGAGCUUCCUUUGGGUGCUUUGAAACAUCAUAGCUAUCCUGGGGGCAACACAAGCAACAUUUAUUCAACCAUGAUUGUCUUUAAUGUUAAUUUAAUUGUGAUACUAUCUGAGCGAUGUCACAGAAAGCUCUUGGGGAAACCAGUAGCGUGGCUGAUUUCUCCACCAGCAAAUGAAGGCACCAGACAGGUGAGAAACCUGUUUGAAUGACUGCAAAGUAUGAGAGGGAAAAAGGGAUGCUCAAGGAAUACGAUGUUUUAGGGAGCUAAGGUAAGAGUGACAUCAGAAAGCAUCUUCUGUUGGCUUUAUUUGUGGAUGUCACACUGUAAUAUGUGUUGUAUACCACAAUGUGGAUGAAACAACUCAAUAAGCUUAGUUGGAUUUUUCAGAGCAAACUUUUUGAAUAAUGCCAGCAAGAGGCAGUGGGCAGCAACAGAGAAUGGCUUUGUCAGACAUCUGCAUCUGAUGUAUGUUUGAAAAAAAAUAUCUCCUUACUGUUUAGCAGGAUCAAAACAGUGACCAAGUUCUCCCAUGGAAAGAUACCUCAUCUUAGAGAAGACCUCUUAGAAAACACCUCAUCCAUUACAGGCUUUCAGACAGGCCUGGUCUACUCUGACGUACUCCAAAUGUUGAAGCAAUAGAGACUAUUCCAACUGGACAGAAGUAUGCCUUGGAUGAACAUGACAAGAUGUUUCACGUGUUAAUUGCAGGGCAAUGAAUAAACCAAGAACUUUAUUCACA